AUGUAUUUUUGCUCCAGACUCACAGCAAACACCUUUAAGAUCUUUGAAAGAGCCAAGAAGUUUAUUUACAUUGACAAGAACGUCCAAGAGCAAACUCUGCUCUAUCUGUCUGAGCUCCAGACACUGGAAACCGGCUGCUUCAAGAGAAGCGGGGACCUGUUUAUGCCGCAGGGAGACAAAGAGGAUGACCUGAUCUAUACAAUACUACUCGCCAUUGCUCUGCUGGAGUCUGACUACAGUACUGGGAAGACCAUGUUGGAAGGUGCCCUGGCAUGUGUGCUGGAAGCCUCAAAGUCUGAACAGAGCACCUAUAUCCAGACCAUGAUGCUUUAUGUCUUCACAUUGGCUGAGAAGUCAAAUGAGAGGGACAACCUGCUGAACAUACUGAAACAAAAGGCUGUCACUGAAGCGGGCGCUGUGCACUGGGAGAGGCCAGACAGACAAGCUUCUCCUUACUUCUCCUCCUGGUUCACACCACUGGAAGUGGAGAUGGCUUCAUAUGUCCUGCUCAGCGUGGCCAAGGGACCCAAUGUCCUUGAAGCUGAUCUGACCUAUAUGGCUACAGUAGCAUUGUGGCUUGUCCGGCAACAGAAUUCAUAUGGAGGGUUCCGGACCACACAGGACACAACAGUGGCGCUACAGGCUCUCUCUGCUUACGCUGCACUCAUAUAUACCCCCAAUGCUCAGCACAAUGUGAUUGUGAAACAAGGAAAUGGUCAGCUUUACCAGCUAUCUCUGAAUCAGGACAACAGGCUGCUGGUCCAAAGACAGCCCUUACCUACCGUCCCUGGGGAGUAUAGUGUUGAUGUCAGUGGGAACGGAUGCUGCUUGGUGCAGAGCACUUUGAGAUACUACCUCCCUGUGUCCCAACAAAACGCUGCCUUCUCCUUGUCUGUAAACUCAUCCGCUGAUAGUUGUGUAAACGGUGUGGCGUAUACUUUUACUAUUGGCAUCGCCGUCAGGUAUGAAGCAAAUGUACCUAUUGUCUACCAAGGAAGUCGAGAAAAAUCCAACAUGGCAAUUAUUGACCUAAAAAUGCAGUCUGGAUACACCGCAGAUUACGCGUCUCUCAGAAACCUGGUGGAUUCAAAAGUGGUCUCCAAAACUGAACAGGAGAAUGGUCAUGUGAUCCUGUACCUGGACUCUGUUCCCAAAGAGACAAUCUCCAUGUCCCUCAAGGUUGAAAUGGGUAAUCGUGUCCUCAAUGUACAAGAAGCUACAGUCUUGAUUUAUGAUUAUUAUGAGCCAGAUGAAAAUGGUGCAGCCAAAUACAGACACCCCUGUGCAGCUCAGGGCUAA